UGCUCUUCGAAGUCUCUAACCCACGAUCAAAUAUCCGGCAACCUGAUAUGCUCGUCGUGCGGCACGGUCCAGUCAUUUGACAAUUUUGAUCCCCAAACCUACGGCCGUGACGGCCCCAUUGGAAGUUACAUUCAGGAUGGAGAGGGAAAGUGUGGAGAAUAUUCUCCACAAGGAUAGGGAGGGAAAGAGGGGAGGAAUUUUUCCCGUGAGCCUUGCAUCACAUAUAGGAGAAUUGGAAAAUCCGAUGUGAGGAUUAUAAAACGUGCUAGAGGUAUCCGGGACCAGCUGGAGGGGCUUCUGGAGAGGGUUGAAAUUGAAGUAACAUCUAAUCUAGGUGAUUUAGGUUCUAUAAAGAAAGCCAUUACAUCUGGUUUUUUUUUCCUCAUUCUGCUGAGCUUCAGAAAAAUGGAUCUUACUGGAUGGUAAAACAUCCACAAAGAGUUCACAUACAUCCCAGCUCAGGGUUGGCACAGGUGCUGCCUAGAUGGGUUGUAUACCAUGAAUUGGUUCUGACGACCAAAGAAUAUAUGAGACAGGUAACUGAACUAAAACCGGACUGGUUGGUUGAAAUAGCCCCUCAUUAUUACCAGAUGAAGGAUGUUGAAGAUCCGGUGUCGAAGAAAAUGCUGAAAAGGGAGCAGGAUGAGCAUCCUAACAACUGGGUAGACAGAUAGUCGCAUAGGCACAACAAUUUUUCUGCUAUGUAUAUAGAUGCUCAUUGCUAGUUAUAUGGGGCCCGAAGAAACGAAUCCAGAAAACAGUCACCACCUUUUCAAAUUCCCUGCUUCGAUUAGAUGAGAAUCAUUACUGUAUCAAGGUAUAACCCAGAAAAAUUUUCUCGAGAUGUUGAGGUUAUAGAGUAGGAAGAGGGACAAUGUUUGAAAUAGAGUGUAUAUGAGGGGACCAAAUUGUAAAUACAUUCGUAUUCAUUCAAAGCUUGAAAGGUCUCUCUUGCUAGAUAGAAA